AUGCCCACCAUAACCACGGCCGGGGCCCUUCUAGCUCUCGGGGCGCUUUCUCCGAAUGAAGGAGACCCUACGGAUGAUGACUUGGUGCCUACCUCUGGGGAGCACGGGGAGAUCAAGGUCCUCCACCCUCCUUGGUGUUGGCCUAAGUGGCAAGAACGCACUGGUCUUACUUCAGUUCCCUUUCCAGCAGUAGCAGUAACCGCGGAGACCUCGAGCCCCUGGAGGACUUCUGAGGCAGCUGAGGCAGUCUCAACUUUUAUUUCUAACUUCUGGGCUCUCUCGGAGGCAGAGCAAGUCAAUUAUAUCAGAUGCCUACCUGACAAUGACGCCAAGGGGCGUGACUUGUGGCUGAGCUUCUUCAAUGCCCAGUGGAGCCACUGGAAAGUCAUUAGCACCUUGGACGCCAUUUUGGUAGAGCGUGCUCUGGAUCCGUAUUCAAUCAUGAGACGUAUGAGGAUCUCGAAUCUUCCAGAACUUGCUACUUCUCAAAUAACCUUGGCCUACCCUAGCAUCGGAGAAGCACUUUUUGGCGUGGACGCCUUCACGGAGGAUCACAUCGCUCUUAAGGAGCCCGUUCGACGCUUCAUCGACAACCUUAUGCGUCCUGAUACAGAGCUCAUUAGAACCUGGCUGAAGGGCGUAGAGGGACUCGCUAAGAUUCUCACUCGCUAUGGGGACAAGGAGUCCCUCAAGAACCUAGCAGAGCAGCGGGAAACCCUUAGCGACAUACUUCAAGUUUUAGGUAUAGAUCACAAGGGCCAAAACCAGAUGCGUUUACCCAAGCCACUGAGGGACGCCAUUCGUUUCCUAGCAUCGGAGAAAGAUAUCACACUGCUGGCAGCCUCAAUUCAGGAACAGCUUAAGCUCUGCGAUCCUGACGCUGAGGCCUCUGAUUCUGUACCUGAACUCAACCUUGACGGCGAGGAUAGUUGUGACUUUGAGUGGUCGGAAGGGGUGGAGGCAUUCAAGGAUGUGUCGGAGGACCACCUUUGGACCCUCCUGGGGAUUCCAGACCAGUGUUUGCCAUUUUUCAACGCUCUUCAAGAUCCCUAUGGAAACCACGAUCCAUGGACCGAGGAGGGAGAGGACUGGUUCAAAAGCUCUGGAAGGGGAGAGCGCCUAGCUCUCCGCUGGCAUCAACUGGUUGGGGUGACCAGGAUGGUCCAGAACGCUUUUUCUGGAAAGCCUAUCUUACUCAUGGACGAAGUGGGAUUAGGAAAAACUAUCCAAGUCACGGCUUUAAUUGCCAUACUGGCAUUUUAUCGCGAGUAUUAUACAGCUAAUGGGUGCUUUCCAGGAAAAAUAGGCAAGGGCGACGCCCUCAACAUUCCAGAUCUUCCCAUCAUUUUGGUCAUGCCAACAACUUUAAUCCAUCAGUUUACUUCGGAGUUGCACCGAUACCUUCGGCGAGGAAGCUUUGAUAUUCUGCCUUACAAAGGCAUGUGGAGUAAGGAUCGAGCUUUGUGGUGGAAGAACAUUUGGACCAUGCCCAAGCUGCCUGAAGGACGACGGAUCCUUAUCAUCCCUCCUAAAGCGUUGGAGUCUGACUUUGAACACGUCUUGGAGGCAAGCAACUUCACCCCCACCCAAAGUCCUCGACAGAGGGCUAGUUACCCCACUGAAGCCUCUACUACGGUGUACGGUCGGCGCUUCUUGCUGGUGGGGAUAGACGAGGCCCAAAGCCUCAGAAACAUCAAAAGAAGUUAUUGGGCCUUAUUUUCCCUUCGUGAGAGAUCCGAAUCCAUUGUUGCCAUGACGGCCACCCCGAUCACUAAUCGACCGAUGGUAAGGGACAGGGACAGGACCAUCGUCACGGCAAACCUCAAGGGCGAUGCCCAAGUUCAAGUUCCUAGUCUUUACCGAAACCAGAUGCUGAAGUGGAUCAGCAUCAUUCGUCAGCGAUUUUCAGGUGUUGUGAUUCAUCGCUCCGUCUGGUCAGUUGACAACCUCGGCGUCCGAAUUUCCGGCUUGGCUGCAUUCCAGGAGCAUUCCCUCUUGGUAAGGCUAUAUAAGCACGAGGUGACGAACCUCGAGCUAAUCGCCGAAGAACUAGUUGGGAAGGGAGGCCUCUCUACAGCGGCAAAGUUUGCCGGUGGUUCGGAGUGGAAUGAGGACCCCUCUCGAAAACUAGAUACCCUGGUAGAGGUUAUCCGAUGGCAUCUCGCACUGGAUGCCCGAGCUCCGCUAAGGGUUGUGGAGGACAACCUUGUACCUUCGGCUAUUUCAGCCAAUUCAGCCAAUGAGAACAGCCUAGCAGGUGGAGCGCCUUGUGACAAAGUCCUGGUGUAUUGCGCCUUUCCAUCUAGUUACACCCAGGUCAUGAAGGUUCUACAACUUCAUGAGAUCCAGGCGUUGCAGAUCCACGGCAAAAUAACCAUCCCGGCUAGGACGGAAAUCAUCACUAAAUUCAAAAACAGCGGACGGGAUGGGCCUCGGGUAUUGAUCGUCUCCAAUGACUGCCUCUGGUCAGCCACCGAUGAAGGCCAGCUGAUUGGGCGGAUCUAUCGCCCCCCCCAGCAGAAGACCGUCCAUGUUUACCGACUUGUUGCCGCAGACACCCAAGAUGUUUUUUUAAAUAGCCUCUCCUUCGACAAGGCCGCCGUGUUGAAUGCCUUUACUGGCGCAACGCCCAGCUUAAGUAAGCUUUACGUUUGGCUGGUGUAA